AUGCGCCACGUCCCACACCCGGUCGUUGUGAUCACGGCACUGGACUGCCCAGCCCUCAGCCCCGACGACCAUGCUGGAAAGCGCACUGCUCGUAUACCAGAUCACUGGGCCGACACAGAGAUCCCUAGCUCCAUCUCCCGGCACGAUCAAGUGGGCGACCCGCGGAUUCUCGCGCCUCUCCCGCGGGCAAUGACCGCGUCGUCGUUCACAUCGUUGACGCUCGAUCCAACGCCGACGAUUCUUUUCAACGUCACUAUCCCGAGUCGAUCCCACAGCGCCAUUCUCCGGGCCGGCUCUUUCAACGUCCACAUACUCAGUGCCGACGAGCACGGCGCAAAGCUCGCAGAUCUUUUUGCUAGGGGCUAUAGCAGCGCGAAUAGUGUUAGUGCCACCAGCACAUCACGUCAAGAACCGCUCGGCGUACUGGCUGGCUUGAAGAAUUACGGGGUCGACAUUGCUGGACAGCUGCAGUGGGAGGAAGCGUGGGCUGCAUCUCUGAAGCAGAAGUCGCCCUCGAUUCGCCCAUCCGCCGACAGUUUCCCGGCGCCGCUGCUGCAGGGCCCAGGUAUAUUGCAUGUCCUCAAGUGCAAGCUAGUUGACCUGCAGUCACUGGAGACCACAGAGGCUCGUUGCUUUGCACUUGUCGCAGGCCAAGUCACGGAGGUUGUCUCUGCAAACGAGCCGGACCAUAGUAUGGGCGAGCACCAGACUGCGCUCUCUUACGUUGACGGAGCAUACCGAGGUCCAAGUCCUGCGAUUAUGAGACAUAGCGUAUCAGCAAACUCGCAGUGA